AUGAAGAUCGGACUGUGCGCUUACAGUGGGUACAAAAUUUACCCAGGCCAUGGCAAAACUAUGGUUAAAGUUGAUGGAAAGACUUUUACUUUCCUCAACUCAAAAUGUGAAUCUGCCCACCUGAUGAAACGUAAUCCUAGAAAGGUUACAUGGACUGUCCUUUACAGGCGUAAGCACAAGAAGGGUCAAGAAGAAGAACAAACCAAGAGGAGAACACGAAGAACUCAAAAGUUCAACCGUGCUAUUGUCGGAGCAUCCUUGUCAGACAUCCUCGCUAAGAGGAAUAUGAAGCCAGAGAUUCGUAAAGCGCAACGAGAGCAAGCAGUAAAAGCCGCUAAAGAACAGAAGAAAGCCGCCAAAGCAGCAAAGAAAGCAACCGCACCACCCAAGCCUAAACCAACCAAGAAGGACAAGGCCGCUAAGGUGACGCAAAAAAGUGCUCCACGUGUUGGUGGAAAACGAUAA